AUGGCAUCUUCGACCAGCCCCGCCCCCGGAAAGGAGGGUACUCAGUCUACAGUUCCAUCGUUGACAAGCCUCGCGUUCAAAGAAGUUUGUCAUCAACUGGAGGCAUUUGUUGUUGGAAAAAAGGCAUCUGCAUCGUUUGUUUGUGGAGGUCUUGUCCCCAAUGAUACGAAAUCCACAGCUGGUUCCACAUCCGCCCAAACCAUCUCUGUGUCUCCGCCAGUGAGGAUCUGCUGGCGUACAGAUGGUGACAAUAUCCCGCGAGUGUUGACUCUACCACUUGACUUGAACGCUGACUCCAAAUCUGCACCCGAUGAUUUGCAUAAGUUGGUGGUAGAUUGCGAUCCUGCUAGCUUUGGCAAGGGACAGAAAGAUGUUAUAGACCCUCAAUACCGAAAAGCUGGAAAGCUUGAGCCCCACCAUUUCUUCACCAGCUUUCAUCCAUCAGACUUCGGAAUCCUUCAAAACGUGGAGCAAAUUCUCCUUCCGAACUUCAACACAAAGUCACAGAACUCUCUACCCUUCCGGAAACUGAGUUCCGAGCUAUACAAACUGAAUGUUUACUCGGGUCCAUCUGGCCUUUUUCGGCAGCACGUUGACACACCGCGAUCCCAGAAUCAGAUCGGCUCCCUGGUCGUUUGUUUACCCUCUCAUUUCAAAGGGGGUAACUUGGUCGUUCGGCACGAGGGAAAGCAGGUUGUUUUUGACUGGAGUUACCAGAGUACGUCCACGAUUCAAUGGGCAGCAUUCUAUAGUGACUGCGAGCACGAGAUCAAGACAAUCACGGAAGGCGAGCGCAUCACCUUGACAUACAACCUCUACGUAACCGAGCCAGUGGGGGGAUCAAUUCCGCCAAGCUUGAUUGUUGACCCAAAAAGCUUGUCGCUGCAUAGCUUCUUGAAAGAACUUUUCAUAGAGCCUAGCUUUAUGAAAGAGGGCGGCGCUUUCGGGUUCUAUUGCUCUCACGCUUAUCCUCAUACAUCCGAUGAGGCAUCAAUGCUACUUCCGAGGGCACUCAAGGGUGCUGACCUUGUGUUGUACUCUGUUUUCAAAUCCCUUGGCAUACAGAUUGAUGUUGUUCCGGUGAUUAUAGAAGAUGACUAUCAAGGAGAUGACGAUGAAGAGGAUGACUAUGAAGAGGAUGACUCCAGCCCAUUUGAUAACGAACAAGGUGCAUCCCAGAAAGAACAAGGUGCAUCCCAAAAAGGGCAAGUGCGCGUUGGAGACAAGUUACAUUCAUACAAAGCCACUGGCAUGAUGACUGAAGAUGGAGAGUCAUCACUCCAAGCACUCAAUUGGACUUGGUCGGGCAAACGUAGGCCAGAAGUCACAUGGAUCGGCUCUCCGACACACGAAAAGAUGGCCCUUACCCAUCUGGCUUAUGGAAACGAGACUUCGCAAAGCACAGUCUACUCGUACGCAGCGAUAAUAGCCGAGAUCCCACCAUUCCAGGAGCGAAAGGGUCUUGUUGAUGCGUAA